AUGGCAAAACCAAUGAAUUAUGAUAAAUGGAAAAAAAUCGAAGUAUCCGAUGAUGAAGAUGAUGUACAUCCAAAUAUUGAUACACCAAGUUUAUUUCGUUGGCGUCAUCAAGCUCGUAUUGAACGUCGUGAACAACGAUUUGAAGAUCAAAAAGAACAUGAAAAGAAAUUCAAAGAAAUUAUGGAACGUCGAAAAAAAUUUGAUGAAAAAUAUAAAAAAUUAGAAAAUGAAAAAGGUGAUUUAUCAACUCUUAAAUCAGAAAAAGAAGCAUUAGAAAAAGAAGAAGGUCAAUGGAAAGAAAAAGAUGCUGAUAUGAAAAAACAAGAACGUUUACGUCCAUUAGAUGUUGAUGAUUUAACUCAUGAAGGAACAUCUAAAACAUCAAUUAAUAAGAAAGUAACUGAAGAACGACCAACAAAUAUGACAGAAGAAGAACAAGCUGAAUAUUAUAAAAAAUUUAUCGAAAAACAUAAAGCUGAUGUUAAAAAAUACGGCAUGUUUCGUAAUUAUGAUGAUACACAAAAAUUUCUUGAAGAUCAUUUAGAAUUAGUUUGUGAAGAAACAGCUAAUUAUUUAGUUGUUUGGUGUAUUGAUUUAGAAAUGGAAGAAAAACAUAGUCUUAUGGAACAUGUUAGUCAUCAAACAAUGAUUAUGCAAUUUAUUCUUGAAUUAAGUAAAACUUUGAAAAUUGAUCCACGUCAAUGUGUUCGACCAUUUUUUCAAAGAAUGAAAACAGCUGAUGAACAAUAUAAACAAGGAUUUGUUGAUGAACUUAAUGCAUUUCGAGAACGAGUUCAAACACGUGCUAAACAAAAAGUUGCUGAUGCUGUUAAACAAUAUGAAGAAGAAGAACGACAAAAACGUUUAGGUCCAGGUGGUUUAGAUCCAAUUGAAGUUAUGGAAUCAUUACCAAAGGAAUUACAAGAAUGUUUCGAAUCACGUGAUAUUUCUAAAUUACAGGAAGUUUUAUCAAAAUUACCCCGUGAAGAAGCUGCACAACAUCUUGAUCGUUGUAUUAAAUCAGGUUUAUGGAUACCAAAUGCUAAAGAUGCUGAAGGUGAUGAUGAAGAAGAUGCAAAACAUGAUGACGAAACAGAUGAAACUGUUGGAAGUGAAGAUAAAGUUACGCAAGGUGUUGAAAAAUUACAAGUUGAAAAAUAA